UCAGCCUUAGUUAUGUCGCAGACAUCGGACACCUAAGAAUGUAUCACAUUUCAUGGGAUGUUGGGCCAAUAACGUGUCCCGCCCCACAUUGUUAUAAACUAAAUGAGCAUUUGUUGACCUCGAAAUACCUUUAAAAAUGUUAUGAGAUUUGGGCUCAAGAGAGCGUGAAGUUCGCGAGGGUUGCAGGCUUGACAACUUAUAGAGAACAGUUCAAUUGCGAGACAUUCCUAGUGGAUAAAAACAUUGUUUUCUGCGAGGAUCAGCAGAAGGUUUUCAAAUCCUUCCAAAUGUGGACUUUAAACUUGAGUAUAUACUUCAAAUGUUUACACCUGGAGUUGAUUUGAAUACCCACUUUGUUCGAUUUCAAUGGUCGAUGUCUUAUCGACAUGCUCUGUGAUUUUUCAAUGCCACCAGUUCCUCUAACACAGAUCACAGGAGUUUAAUUGUCAACGGAUUUUCCUUGUUUAUAUCAGGAUUUUUAUACUAUAUGCUAAUAUGAAGAUGAAACAGAAAUCAAUAUAUGAUCUCUGAAGCUAACGUUUGCCAUGGAUAAAUGUCCCAAAUGCGGAAAAACUGUCUACUUUGCUGAAAGAAAGACCUCACUGGGGAAACAGUGGCAUCCCAAUUGUUUGAGAUGUGAAGAGUGUGGAAAAAUCCUAGCACCGGGUCAACAUGCAGAGAGGAAAGGGUUGCCAUAUUGUCACAAACCAUGUUAUGCCAAGCUAUUUGGCCCCCAGAUGAUGGGAUAUGGUUCCAAUGUGGUGUCACCCGCAAACUUCAAGAGAAACGGUGACGGCACACUUUAUAACGGAGAAUAUGAUUUUGAUUUGAAAGAAGUGUUCGAAAGUGGAAAGAUGAUACACAGUAACGGCAGUCCGCAACAUAACAUUAGUCCCAAACUGAAACGCAAUUCUCACGAAGUGCGUGAAGCCAAAGCAGUCCCAAAUCAAAUCAUGGAGUUUGACUUUUUCUCCAGUCCCCCAAAGAAAACUCCCCAAAAGGACCCGUCAGAAUACACACCGCGAGAACGAGAGCUCAUAAAGAAGAUAAGUGAAUUCAAUGCUUAUUAUGAAGGCAAGAAAAGACAAUCCCUAACUAUCAAGGAGAGGACAGAUAAAUUGGUGAUAGAAGGACCACUCCGUAUUUACUGGGGGGUUGUAAAGCCAAUCAAGUUACAGGAGUUUGACAACGUACCCUCAGUCCCGUCUCCGACAUCAUGGCGACACAGUUUUGUUCCCGGAGACCGAGUCCCAGAAUCAAGUCCAACUCUAAAGAGGUCAAGAUCCCCUGAGCCAUCGUCUCCCAGAGCGACAAGUCGAGGCGUGGAUGACAGUGUCAUAUUCUCCCCACCAGAUGGCGUAGUGAUGCGCAGGAAAAACAUUAAAAAGUUCAACACAGUGGCGUAUCGUGGAGAUGCCAGGCCUGAUAAAUGGAAAAGGGCUUCCAUAAAUGGACACAUUUAUAAUUUUGAUACCAGAGUCUUCACCCCUGUACUGGGCAGCUGUACCAGUGUUACUGUAGACAGUCAAUGUACAACAUAUGGAGCCAUCAAAACACUGCUGGAAAAAUUCAAGAUAGAGAACCAGCCUGAAGAAUACUCGCUUUACCUCGUAUCAGAGACUGAAGGUGAGACACUGUUAAAGGAAACAGAUCACCCUCUGUUGGAGAGGAUAGCUCGGGGUCCAGACGAGACCUCGGGGGUCAAGAUUUACCUGAAGGACCGUAUCCUGACUGUCAGGAAAAAUUCGCUAGUGACUCAGCCUGUGGUUGAAGAAGAAGAGGAGGAAGUGAUUGAACAAGAACCAGUCAAGGUGGAACAGAGCUUACCACACGAGGUUGAACAGUUGAUUGCGAUACCAGAGCCUGUGUUACGGGGGAUACUGCAGAAAUUCAAAGACGACGAGGAUAGAGAAAUCAGAACGAUACGAGCCAGAUAUGACCUCUCAAAAAGACGAUUAAAGGAAAUGUUAAAAGACAAAGUGAAAACGAUGUGAAACUGGUGAUUUGGACACAGUUGUGUCCGUUGUGUACGAACUUCAGUAUUUGAAGUGUAACACACACAGAGAGAGACAGAUUCUCAUGUUGCCAGUUGCCAGCAGUGUGCCAGUCAGAGAGACAAUGGCAGGAACCCAUUUUUGCCAAUUUCUAUCAAUAAUGAUUGAUCAAGCAGCUAAAUCAUCCAUACAUCUAUGUAGGGCAGUGAAAAUGCUCAGGGCCAAAAUGGGUCAGAAUCACUCAUUCUGUAAUUCAUGUUUCGUGCUUUCUUGACCAGUUUUUCAUCCUCCAUAUAAUUAUACAUUGACACAUGGAAUACAUAUUUGUGUUCAGAUGUAUUUACUGCAGUUUGCAUUUCAAAUUUCUUAAGUUCAGUGAAGUUGUUGAAGUAUGAGUUAUUGAGAGAGAGAGAGAGAGAGAGAGAGAGAGAAUACAUAAUUUUUUUUUUCAAAAAAGUGCUGAUGCAUCAAUGCUAUAAUAUAUUUCUUAAACUGUUAGAUCCACCUCAUAUGAAUAGAUUGGCCUUGUGCAAGUGUUGAACUUUGAACAAUUCAAUUAUGAGGUGAAUUGAGAUUUAUUUUUUCCUUUAUAUGUUGAUAGAUAACCAAACAGACCAGUAAUUAUUUUACCUUUAUUUGGACACACAAUUAUCUUGCAUAUAGGAUGAAUAAUUCAAAAGUCUUAUCCUUUUCAUUUGUGUAUUAUUUGACGCUCGGUGAUCUUCAACAAUGCUAUACAAAAAUAUAUCGAUUAUAUGGAUAUUGUUAUAGCAGGAAAUAUAUCGUGUAUAAAGGGAAUAUAACUUAUUAAAAAAAUUAUUUUGCAUGUGGUGAUGUCUGAGAAGCUAAUUCUUUGUGGCCUAACAGUAGCAUUGAGGUGUUUCAUGAAUGAAUUAAUACAAGAUACAUGUAGUUUAGUAAUCUGGAUGUAUAGAUUUUAUUAUAAAACAAGGAAAGUUUACUUUUAAUCUGAAAACUUAAUUGUAAUAAUCAAGAAAGCAAUAAUCCCUUAUUAUGCAAAAAUAAAAAGUAUCAGUAUAUAAACAAAGUCAGAGAUAUAUAUGUACUUGGAAUUAAUUGGUUAGAAGAAAUUUUCAUCACAUACAUGAUUGUUACUACAUUUACUGCUGAUAUUUUGUACCAGUUAAGAAUCAAAUGCUGAACAAAGGCAAUAAGAAUGGAUGAGUGUGAAUGUUCAAGGAAUGUGUGAUAAAAAUACUGAGAUUCAUCAUUGAUGUCUUUCUGAUUUUGUAAAAUCUAAAAAAUUGUUUAUGCAGUUUCUUCUCUCUGUUUUAUUUUUGUUAUCUCCUUACAUUCCGCAUCAUUUUGUGCUGAGCUCACAGUAAAAUUUUACUAGUAAAUGAACUGGGUCAAAACGAUUCAAUCAUGCCAUUUCUCUAGAAAAAUGUAUGGAGAUUUAAAAAUUUUUUUCUUGACAUUGUUACUAGUAGUAAGCAUGUUUCUUUUUAUUAUGAAACUCUAUAGCUACCAUAUUACAUACCAUCUAUGAUCAAAAUUGAAAAUAUUUAGUAAUACAUGAUAUAUCAACCUGGUUGACAACCCUAUAUUCACUGUAGAUGUUUUUUUUUCAAAAAUGCUUCAACCUCAAAACUUUAUCUAUAAUACUUGUACUUUGUUUAGCAGUAAAACCUUUCUGCCCUUUACCAUUGUCUUUUCCCAGAUUGCGUCCCUUUGAUUUGUUAUAAUUAUCUACCCUUGUUGCUAACAGUGAGAGCCUUUAUGUAUUGUUUGCAAUAUGGUGAUAUCAAAACAAUUAUAUGGAAUAAAAGGCUUUCAUCAUUGUGUUAUGAGAAUAAUAAUGAAGAACAAGAAGUU